AUGACACAAGUAUCGCCCGGACAUAGUUAUGGUAGGUCCAUAAAGGCUCCAUUUGUUAUUGCAUUUGCACAUUCAGAAGAGGAAACUGGCACUUCACGAUUCCACGUGGAUCCCGGCAACUCGCCAAAAAACUCGCCAGAGGAGACUCCACUUAGGGCUCGCCAGACGAAACUCGCCCUUCUGGACUCCACUCAGGGCUCGCCAGACGAAACUCGCCCUUCUGGACUCUACUUAGGGCUCGCCAGAGGAAACUCGCCCUUCGGGACUCCCCUUAGGGCUCGCCAGAGGAAACUCGCCCUUCCGUACUCCACUUGGGACUCGCCAGAGGAAACUCGCCCUUCGGGACUCCACUUGGGACUCGCCAGAGGAAACUCGCCUUUCUGGACUCCCCUUAGGGGCUCGCCAGAGGAAGCUCGCCCUUCUGGACUCUACUUAGGGCUCACCAGAGGAAACUCGCCCUUCUGGACUCCCCUUAGGGGCUCGCCAGAGGAAACUCGCCCUUCUGGACUCCCCUUAGGGCUCGCCAGAAGAAACUCGCCCUUCUGGAUUCCACUCAGGGCUCGCCAGAAGAAACUCGCCCUUCUGGAUUCCACUCAGGGCUCGCCAGAAGAAACUCGCCCUCCUGGAUUCCACUCAGGGCUCGCCAGAAGAAACUCGCCCUUCUGGACUCCACUUAGGGCUCGCCAGACGAAACUCGCCCUUCUGGACUCCACUUGGGGCUCGCCAGAGGAAACUCGCCCUUCUGGACUCCCCUUAGGGCUCGCCAGAGGAAACUCGCCCUUCUGGACUCCCCUUAGGGCUCGCCAGACAAGAAACUCGCCCUUCUGGACUCCCCUUAGGGCUCGCCAGAAGAAACUCGCCCUUCUGGAUUCCACUCAGGGCUCGCCAGAAGAAACUCGCCCUUCUGGACUCCACUUAGGGCUCGCCAGAAGAAACUCGCCCUUCUGGACUCCCCUUAGGGCUCGCCAGAAGAAACUCGCCCUUUUGGAUUCCACUCAGGGCUCACCAGAAGAAACUCGCCCUUCUGGAUUCCACUCAGGGCUCGCCAGAAGAAACUCGCCCUUCGGGACUCCACUUAGGGCUCACCUGGCGAAACUCGCCCUUCGGGACUCUACUUAG